AUUUUUUUUCUACAUUGGAAGUUGGUACAACGUACAACAUAGUGACAUUUUUGACUGACGUGGUCUUUAAGGUUAUGUUUAGUUUGUUUUAAAUUUUUGCCAACAAUGUUAUGAUUAGCAUAUAUUUUCGAUAAUUCAAAAUCACAUUUAUGGAAUUAGUACGUAUACUUUAUAAGAUUUAAUAGUUUCUCGUUAUGGGUACAGCAAUUAGCCGAAAUAUAGACUUAUCGACUAACGAAUACUGUAUAAAGUUUGUUAGUAAUAAUCCCAUUACAUUUAAUGAUCCAUUUUGGAAUAGAUUUUUAGCUUUUAAUAUCACGCCACCAAGUACCAGAAAUGAUCAAAUUUUGUUAGAAUCAAAAAUAGAACCGUUGUGUCAAGAGUUGUUGAAAAGCAAUUUAACUUCAGGAAAUUUAGGAACUUUAAUAAAAAUAUUUAUAAUUCGAUCGUCAGAAUUAUUAGGAGCAGCUGAUUCUAAUGCCAAUCUUUUCAGUUGGCAAAUAUUUAAUACGCUCUUUACAAUAAGAUGUUUCUUGAAAUUCUUAACAGAAGUUGUUACUGAUGAAGGACAGUUUGUUGAACAUAUUGAAGUAAAUGGAGAUGGAACAGUUUUGGAUGCAUUUAUUUCCUCGCUUUUUACAGUAAUCGUUGAUGUACCGGUAAAAGACUCUACAUAUCUUAUUCAUUUGGAAUGUGUAACUUGCCUGCUGAUUAUAUUGUCAGUACAGUUUCAUUUAGGUCAAAAGUCUGAUAGAAGUUUAAUUUACAAUGUUGUUAUGAAAGGCAAGCAUGUGAUCAGCACACCUAUUUUUAUUAAGUGUUUACUUACAAACUUUAUAAAUCAACAAAGUCCUGUCCCUGCUUAUGGCUCGAAUCAAGGACACAGUUUGGUUACAGGAUUAGCAAGUGAAAUAUGGUCUCUUCUGACAUUUAACAGGAAGUCAGAAGAUCAGGAUAAUCUAUCUGACCAAAGUGAAUUUCAAAAAGCACCUUUGGCUGUGCAAAGUUUGUUAUUGCUUUUAGUUUUGGUCCAUAAUUGGACAACAUUAAAUAACCCCUAUAGAUUAAGUUUAUUUUCAUGUUUGAAUCAAGAUAACAAUCCAAUUGCUCCUACCAAAGACAAUACAUUAUUUAAAAUUGAUUUUAAUUCACUGUAUUUAACACUUUGUAAAAAGGCUAAUGGAGAUGCACCAACAUUGUUACUUUAUUUGUUAUUACAUAGAAAUACUAGUUUUAAAAAAUAUCUCUUGCAAAGAAUGGACUUACAAGAAUUGAUAUUUCCAAUUUUAAAGACAUUAUACAAUGCACCAAACAGUCAUAGCCAUCAUAUUUAUAUGUCUCUCAUAAUAUUGCUUAUUUUGAGUGAAGAUGAUACAUUCAAUAAAAGCAUUCAUGAAACUAAACUGAAAAAUAUUACUUGGUAUACAGAGAGGCAAUUAACUGAGAUAUCUUUGGGUGGACUUCUCAUAUUAGUUAUUAUUAGAACGAUUCAGUACAAUAUGCUGAAAAUGAGAGAUAAAUACCUCCAUACAAAUUGCCUUGCAGCGUUGGCAAACAUGUCUUCACAAUUUCGAGAUUUGCACCCUUACGUUAGCCAGAGACUUGUGUCCUUAUUCGAGACAAUAGCAAAAAAAUAUCAAAAAUUAUCUAAAAGACUGGAAAAUAAUAAGACUAACGAAGCAAACGAGACAACUAUAACUAUUAAUCAGGACGCAGCUGAAUUAGAACAGGAUAUUAAUGUUUUAGAAGAAGUGUUAAGAAUGGUUUUAGAAAUCUUAAAUUCUGCAUUAUCAACGCAGUUGAUACAUAAUCCUAAUCUUAUUUAUACACUGCUGUACAAUAAGCAUGUGUUUGAAGCUUUUAAGGACAAUGUGGUGUUCCAAGAUAUAAUACACAAUAUAGAAAUUGUAAUAAAAUAUUUCUCCCAAAUAUUGGCUGACAAAAGUCAGCAAAAUGAAGUCGAUGCCCAGCAAGUUUUGCAAGUUAUUCAGCAAGGGGGGAAGUACUGGCCAAAGGAUAAAAUAACAAAAUUUCCUGAUCUAAAAUUCAAAUACGUAGAGGAGGAGCAGCCAGAAGAAUUCUUUAUUCCUUAUGUGUGGGAACUUGUAAGCCAACAGUCAAUAUUAAAUUGGAAUACCAGUUCCGCGACAAGCAUAGCAAUUUGCUAGCCAAAGAUAGAGUAGCCUUAAUUUAUUAACCUAUAUGUACAUAAAAAAAUAUAUAUUUUAGUAUUGGAAAAAAGAAGCUUUAAAUAAUUAUGGAAUUUAUCACUAUUAAAUAAAAUAACCUUGUUUUUCAUUAGUUGUACGAGGGACGGUCAUCAGUAGUAUAGUCUGUCCAACGAACCAAGAUGUCAACAGAAGACAUCCAAAAAAUGACAGGAAAUACAAUUUACCUGUGAAUUAAAAUGACAGACACACUGUCACUGUCAGGAAUUCUCCCGUUGGA